AUGGCUGACGACGACGCCGACGACUACAUGGCCAUGGCCUUCAGCGAGCCCGCCGCGCGCGAGUCCCUGACCCAGCGCCGCCGCCGCCAGCUGCGCGAGGCCGAGGCCAGAGCCCGCGUGCCCUCCAAAGCCGAGCGCGCUGCCGCCGCCGCCGCCGCCCGCGACGCUGCGCUCGCCACCUCCGCGCUCGAUCCCGCCAGCAAGGGCUUCCAGAUCAUGGCCCGCCUGGGCUACACCGCCGGCAGCGCCCUGGGCCGCGCGCCGCCCUCUACGGACGAUGACCGCUCCGCCCGUCGCAUCACCGAGCCCCUGGCCAUCGCCGUCAAGGACGGCCGUGGCGGUGUCGGCCUCGACUCCCUGCGCAAACGCCGCCUGCGCGACCAGCUCGACGCGCACGCGAAACGGCUCCAGACCGACCAGCUCGACUUCCGUGCCCGCGCGCGCCUCGAGAGCGACGCCCGCCGCGCGGAGGCCCAGUUCCGCGCCGCCCAGGCCGUCGCCGAGGGGCUGGAUCUCGAUGCCGAUGAGGCACCCGCGUCUGCAGAGCACAAGCACUGCCACGCCGGCACAGACACCGGCACAGACACUGGCACAGACACUGCGAAGCACCGCUGCUCGCACUGCCCGCCCGUGCGGCCCCUCGCGCGCGUCAACCUGCUCUACCGCGGCCUCGUGCGCGCCCGCGAGCUCCAGCACCGCGACGCCCACGCCGCCCACCGCCGCUACCACGCCCUGGCCGACUCCGCGCGCGACCUCGCCAGCCCGUCCGCCUCGCGCGCCAUGGCCGGCCUGUCGCUGCCUGCCUGCGCCGAAGACGACGACCUCGACCCGGACGACAAGCUGGCGCUGGGCCGAACCGCGGACGGCCACAUCGUCGCGCCUGACGAAGACGACGACGAGGACGACCCCGAGCUGGACGAGUUCAACGCCCUGCCGCCGCAGGACCGCCUGGCGCGCCUCGUGCGCUACCUGCGCGACACCCACUGCUACUGCUUCUGGUGCAAGUGCCGCUACGACUCGCCGCGCAUGGACGGCUGCCCCGGCCUGACCGAGGACGACCACGAUUGA